CACGAUGAUUCUGUAAUUACAACAACAACUACGCGGUCUAGCCUGGUCUAUUGAUCAUAUUACAGACUUCCUUUGACCAACAGUACAAAAAAGAUGCCUCCCUCGCCGAGGCCCCCGACUCCCACCACGGGAGUGAUCCUCGUUGGCACAGGCCGUGCAGCCUCUUCCAAUGCUUGCUUUGCGAAUUGGGCAACGAGAUUGUCUACCACGUCCUCUGGUCCUCGAGAUGUUCAUAUUAAUGCAGUGCAAGCUCUUGAUCAACAAGAUUCUCUCCACCAACGACAUCCUCAACAUGCAUAUGCACCACCGUUCCAGUUGUCAAACAACUGCGUUGUCGUUGGAGCAGGACGAGGCCUUUUCCAUGCCUCCUCUUCCCGCCACAUGAUGAAGUCUAUGUGGCAAGUGCAUCCGAAGCAUCGCAUUCACGGUUGGUUCAAUGCUCCUGCUGGAGCCUCGAAGUUCAAGUGGCAUUGGCAAUUGCCUUAUCAGAGGUUGUGGCCAGAAAGCUUGUACCACUCUCCUGAAGUCUCAAAAGUAACCAACAAGCCGAUAGACUGGUACAACGAUGAACCGCAAUCUGGGUACGAAUUUCGGGACGUGUUGGGACCAUAUACGUUGGAAUUGACAAAUAUACCAAUGGGUGUAACGCCAGAGACCAUGCAAGAAAGACUAAGACGGUUUUUCUCGAAGUUUGGACACAUAAAGCACUGUCGAGUUUUGCCGCACUCGCAUGAUCCGUACUUCGUUCUAUACUUCUACUUGUUGCUGUCUUGUACUUUAAGUACUCGACCACGAGGAAGACCUUCAUAUUUAUUACGACUCGUUCCCUCCUACGACUUUUAUCUAACCUAUCUCCAUUAUUACGACUCGUUGCCACCAACCAAAGAAAUAAGAGGAAAGAUACUAGAUGGUUGUAUCAUGAAACACAUCAAGGUACCAAUGUUGCGGCACGGGUUAUGUCACUUUUGAGAAUUCACGCGCAGUGUGGGACGCCAUUCAUGCACCUCUGAAAUUACCGAUCUCCCAUCAUUCUCGGGUAGUGCACAUGCGCUCACUGGAUAAUGAUAAGCGCAGCGAUCCCAUAUGGAUCAAAAAGCAAGAGCAUUUCAAUACACAGCUCAUCAGCCUCGCGGAGCAAUUGUAUCGAAUUUUGCAUUUUAGAGAGCAACAUCAUGGUGAGGCGGCGAUGACAUCAGGAACAAGUUUGACGUCGAGUUCGACUUCGGCUUUUUCACCAAGAAGCACGUUGAGUGGGGCAAGAGCUAAAACCAGUUUGGGGACAAAGGUAUCAAGUUGGUGGAGCACUGGGGUUACAGAAGCACAAGCAGGACCUAAUCAUGUACUAUCAAGAAAGGAUCAACAAAACCCUGCUUCUCCCUUGCCUAUGGCCCUCGAUAACAUCGCUUUGGAGCUGCAGCUAUUAGAGCGUUCUCGAUUUCGGGAGGGCGCUGACUUCGAUCUAAAGAACCAGGGUUGGCUUAGUCGAAAACAGCAUCGGGAUGCUGUAAUGUCCACUUGUGAUGGAGCCGUAACUUCUGCGCAGCGACAUGAAGCGGACGUGCACACGUUGGAAAGUACGAGUACUGGUAUAGCGGAAGAGGCUGUUCUGUUAUGAAUGAUGUCUGUGGUGUUUUAGUUCAAGAAUUGAACUUGUUGAAAAACAAGUCAUGCCUAAUAGUACAGCUAGUAGUACUGUUGCUAAAAAAAGUUUUUUUCGAUUAGCCUCUAAUCUCCUCUCGUUUCGACGGUAGCUGGGAAAGAUUCCUGACGUUCAAGGAAUUCUCGGAGAUUUUCUUGAUUUUUCAAGCUGAUGUAGACGGCCCUCCGAUUGGAGAGGGGGUCGAACAUGAAGCAGGAUUCGCUUUUCAACGUCGUUGUUUGACGAAAGACGAUAUUGAAGAGUUGUUUCGAGACGAGGAUGCUCAGGAACAACCAAGCCCUUGCGACAUAAAUGCGGACGGCGCAGAGACCUUUUUUGCAGAUUGCAACAUGAAGAUCUCAACAUCUCAGGGCGAAGAAGAAGGAGGUUAUUCCGAGCCUAAUGAAUACAACCAAGCAAAUAAGAUCGAACAACCGAAAAAUCCACCGUCUCGAUCAUAUUACAGUCCACCUACUUCUUCACCGCAGCACCCCCAAAAAGGCCAAUGGUAUGUUUCUCCUCGGAUGCUCUCUGAAGAAGCACUCCAUUCCGCUCUGAAGCGUGCUACCGCAAGUCUUCACGGCAAACUUGAGGAGGAACUGAGUACCUACUGGCGGAAGGGGCGCAUUGAACUGCCGGAUCACACGAAGAAGAUCAAUGAGAUUUGGUACCACAAACCAGUGCUUCCAUGGCGGUUGCAACAGCAGUCAUGGCCGACCAACCUGGGUGCACCGUUCUACGAGAAAGCGAUCGUGAUGCAUAUGAAAAAAAAUAAGAGGAAUGAGAAGAGACAGGUACUUACAGUACUUGUCACCUACAACGACUUCGAGUUGGUUAGAUCUACUUCAUCUUGUGAACCACGUGAAGCAAGAAGGUUUUGAUUUGCCUGGAGCCUCCUGACGCUUUUUACGCUUCCUCAGCUAUAGCAGCUUGAUGAACUGAUACUUCUGAUUAAUUUUGUAUGGUUUUUUAGCAAGACGAAUCUCAAGAAUCUCUUUCGUUUUCACUACCUCAUGUUGAUCUCGAUGUUUCCCUUUUCACGAUCGUCGAUCUUCCAACCACUUCCUCAGCUCAAGCGCGCCCCUCGCUUAGCAGCGAAAGCAGAGGAAAAACGACAACUAGAGGACAAACGACAAGCCGAAAGAGAUGCAUGGAACCAGAAUCAUAAGGAAAAACGCAUCCAACAAUUGCGCAUGUCAUCAUUUUCAAAAAAGAAAGGUCUAUUAGCUAACACGUCAGAGCACAAGUCGUUGACAAAGGAGGACAAGCAGGUGUUGCACUUAUUGGAGAAGGGAAAGGUUGCAGAUCGACAAGUAUUCACAGCAGAGCAGUCGAGGAUGAUUGGAUGGUGAAAAGGUCAUGUUAAAAGCAGAAGAAUCCACUUCUUGAGCCGGUUCCUGUAUAAUCAGCUAGCUCUCCUCCGCUUCUUCGGUGUAGGAACCAGACUCGAUGCAAGAAUGGGUUCGAGUCGGCAUGAUCAACAUUUAUCAGAGAUGAUCGUUAGCUCUGCUCUUCUUGCUCUUCGUUUUUCUCAUCGGCUCAUCUGUUUUCAUACUCGGAUCACAUUUUUCAGACAUCAGCAUUUUCUUAAUAUGGUACAAAAACAUAGGACAAAUCGACAUUUUCAGAUGUUUCCUAUAAUUGACGAUUCGACAACAUCCACUUAGGGGACAACAUCCACUUACUUAGGGGACAACAUCCACUUAGGUGAGAAAAAAGUUCACACCAGACGAUUCACUACUACAACUACACAGAAACCUUUAUAGUUUUUUGUGUGACAGAACAGUUUUUGAGCAAUUAUUUUUUCAAGAUGAAAAAAAAUGUUGAAACUGAUUCCGAUAUCGCUGGUCGCGAUGUUGGUGUUCUUCAGACUGCAAUGUUGAUGAACGCGAAUAUUUUACAACAAUCACUGAUCAUCAUGGUACUUCUCCUGCAGAUCCCGAUCUGAGGUUCAUCAUCUGGAUAUGGAAGCAAGACUCGUCAUGAGUUCGGAGACAAUAUCUGUG